AUGAGACCGCAAUUUGCCUUGCGGUCGCUCGGCUUAUUACAGCGCCGCCCUGCAUGCUCAUAUCCAUCCAUUGGCCGCCGUACAAUUCAAACAGCCGGUUCUCGGCCGGUCCCGAACUUUGCAUUUGCAUUUGAUAUUGAUGGCGUUCUUCUGCGAUCUUCCAAGCCCAUCCCAGGUGCCGCCGACUCGCUGGCACUGCUGAAGGAGCAAGGCAUUCCUUUCAUCUUGCUUACCAACGGCGGCGGCAAACAUGAGACAGAGCGCGUCGCUGAGAUAAGCGAGAAGCUUCAGGUCCCUUUAGACGUCACCGAUAUCGUACAGAGCCAUUCUCCCUUCGCGGAGCUUGUUAAAGGGCCAGAUGAGGCAAGCGCGUUAGAGCACAAGUGUGUUCUGGUUGCUGGUGGUGACGGAGACAACUGUCGACGCGUAGCAGAGCAAUACGGAUUCAAGAACGUUGUUACGCCGGGGGAUAUCCUCAUGGCGAACCCCGCUAUUUGGCCAUUCUCUAAGAACUUCAGUGAUUAUUACAAAACGUUCGCUCGACCACUCCCCAGGCCAAUCGACCCCAAUGAUCCCGCAAAGAGCUUGAAAAUCGAUGCUGUCUUCGUGUUCAAUGAUCCCAGAGAUUGGGCCUUGGACACUCAGGUCAUAAUGGAUCUUCUCCUUUCGUCGCAGGGCCGUAUGGGUACCUUGUCUGAUAAGAACGGUCGCAUUAAUCUUCCCAACCACGGUUAUCAGCAAGAUGGCCAGCCCCAUCUCUACUUCUCCAAUCCAGACCUGUGGUGGGCCGCCGCUUACCCCUUGCCUCGCUUGGGACAAGGCGGAUUCCGAGAGGCUCUCGAAGGUGUCUGGGCUGCGACUACGGGAGGUCCUUCUAAGGGCAUCGAGUUGAAGAAGACUGUGAUUGGAAAGCCUUACCAGCCAACAUACGAGUUUGCAGAACGUCAACUACUUCGCAACCGGCUAAAGACAUUUGGCGACUCCGCAGAACUUCCUCCUUUGGAACGGGUAUAUAUGGUUGGAGAUAACCCUGAGUCAGAUAUCCGGGGCGCAAACUCUUACCGCAGCGGCUUUGGCAGUACCUGGCAAUCAAUCCUUGUUCGGACUGGAGUUUACAGUGGUGGGGAUCCUGCAUAUACGCCUCAUACCAUUGCGGAUAAUGUCCACAAGGGUGUUCAAUGGGCAUUGAAAAGCUCCAAAUGGCCUGCUGCUUGA